AUGUGCUUCAAACAGAUCGAGCCUGCACACCAUACCGCUUCUGUCGCCAAACAAGACCGCACGGCCAACAGCUCUACUGAGAUGUUAGAACAAUUCUCACACACUGGUUGCCAUCUAGAUUUUGACCAUGCAGCGUUAUGGACCAGGCUCUUAGAUGUGCAUGAGCCACCGUCUGUCCUUUCCACUGGCCAUGAGAGUCUUUAUCUAGAUAACAUAUCUCGCUUCCCCUUAUCCACAGAAAGACCAAUCGAUCCUCUUCCGAUAAUCGAGGGCUACUUCUGUCCUAGCAGUGACAGUGGAUACUUUCUUAAAUGGACGGGUCCGGAUCUAUUGUCAUCAUCUACCUCUGCGGACGAUGUAUUCCACUACUUGUCUAAAUUCUACCUCUCGGAGAAGUCGGACUGGGCAGACAUCCGGCUCUGUGUCUUGAGCAAUGCGACUGAAGAGAUUGUGGCAGUAUAUCCAUUUUUCCUCCUGCGAACUGAAUCGAUACUGGGAAAUCUCAGCCGAGUCCGCAAGCUUUUAAAAGAUAGUAUGGGGGGCCAUGAUGUCGAGAAAUACCAUUUUCGAUUCACCGUCCGGCCAUGUAGCCAAGAAGCGGCAGGUUCUGUGGGUGCAAAAACGACGUUCGGCUCGUACGACCACCCUGUGGUACCUUUCUCGUCGCUUGAUCCAUGUUUCUUUGUGCAGAACAUUUUGGGGAAUUAUAAAAACUAG